GGUCAAAGCUCAUGCAUGUCACUUCAACUCACCUUCAUUUCGGAGAUGCUCUAUGUCAAUUCCGACAGAGACACACCGUCAUGGAUACUAGGCCUGCAAAAAGACAGCGCGGUCAGACAGUCUUUACUUCAGAUGACGAGAUAGAAACACCAGUGAAAGCUAAAAAUGGCUCAAAACCGAAGUCCUCAAAUAUAAAUAAUAUGCCACGAAUAUCAAAAAACAAUGUAUCACUGCAUCCUACACGACCUCGGUCAACAGCUUCCUCGCAAAUCUUCGGCAAAGCUUACCCAACCUCCAGGGCGAAGUUUCCAAUGUCAAAAGAUGCAGGAGUUGAGCGCUCUCUGCAUAAUUUUUUUCAGCCCGCGACUGAAGAGGAGCGAUGGUCCUUUGAAGAUUCGAGGCGCUCAAGAGAACCAUCUAUUGUUCUAGGAAUAGAAGAUGAAGAUGACCUUAUUGAAGAUGACUAUGAUUCAUGUGACGAGAUUUUCACUCAGAGCAUCGAUCAUCCUAGUUCAGAUCAAAGUCGAAGCCAACAGAUAGAUCAGCAACAGCGAGCUAGUGAACUUCCACCUCAAACUGAAACAACAUUCGCUGCUUCUCGGAAUCAGGCUUCACUAUCUUCAGACCACUUUUCAUUGCCUCGAGUGCCGUCCAAGAAAGAAAGAAACCCUGAAUCAACAAGCACUAAUGUUUCAGUAUCACCUUGGUCUCAACGAUAUGCACCCUCGGAUAUCGGUGAAUUAGCCGUGCAUAAAAAGAAAGUUUCCGAUACUAGGACUUGGCUGGAAGAUGCUUUUUGUGGUAGGAACAAGCAAAGAUUACUUAUUCUAAAGGGUCCCGCGGGGUGUGGAAAGACAACCACGAUCAUGUUAUUAUCGAAAUCUAUACGGUUUGAAGUUGUUGAAUGGAAAUACCCGUCAGCCAUUGACUAUACUGCAAAAGAAUACGUUUCUAUUGGGUCACAGUUUGAGGAUUUUCUUACUCGAGGCCACGGGUACGGGGGUCUUGAGUUGGAUGAGGAAGUGAUAAAUGAACAACAUCAGGGCGGUUCUAAACCCUCCACAAGCCGAAGGCUCAUUUUGAUUGAAGAAUUCCCGCCAUUGAGUCCAUCAUCAUCAUCAUCAUCACCAUCAUCGGUUAUCUCGAGUUUUAGAAAAUCCCUUCAGCGUUACCUCGCUGCGCCAAACUCUUCUGAGGGUCAAGAAAUUCCGCCAAUCGUCCUCAUUAUCUCCGAAACUCUUCUUGGCCAGGCCUCUUCCUUUUCGGAAAGCUUUCACGCACAGAAACUGGUUGGGCCGGUCAUCUAUAAUAAUCCAGCCACGACAGUCCUUGAAUUCAACAGCAUUGCGCCCACCUACAUGCUCAAGGCUUUGGAUCUGGUUCUUGCAAAAGAAUCGCGUCAUUCUCAACAAAGCAAAACACCUAGAACAGCUGUGCUAAGAGCGAUUUCUGAAUUAGGCGACAUUCGAAGUGCCAUCUCUUGUCUAGAAUUUCUCUGUUUGAAGAGCAAUUUGGCAAACAAGUGGAACAAGACAUUAAUAAAAAAAUCUCGUGCAACUUCUCACGGCAACCAGACUUUAACUUCAGUGGAAGAACUAUCUCUAGGAUUAAUUACUCAACGAGAAUCAAGCCUAGGGAUGUUUCACGCAGUAGGUAAGGUUGUGUAUAAUAAACGUGAUGAUGAAAAUCCUACUGCUCUCGGCGGCAAUAAAGUUCCUACACCUCCUGAUCAUUUACGCCAUCAUUUCCGAUCUAAAAUACCACAAGUCUCGACUAAUGAAUUGGUUAAUGAGAUUGGCACAGAUAUACAAACUUUUAUUUACGCUCUACAUGAAAACUAUGUCUUGUCAUGUGAGGGUAUAUAUUUCACAGACUGUUUGGAUGAGUGCAUAAAGGCACUCUCUGAUAGUGACCUCUUGUCUACUGAUUACACACGUGUCAAAGGGCCACAGUCUACUAUUCAAGCUGAAAAAAAGAACACUUGGAAUGCUGGAGUCGACAUACUACGUCAAAACGAGGUUAGCUUUCAAGUUGCUGUUCGGGGUUUACUUUUUGCUCUUCCUCACCCAGUGAAAAGGCAGUCAAUGCCACACGAUGGGACAAACCACAGAUACAAUGCGUUCAAAAUGCUUUUUCCGACAUCACUUCGCCUGUGGAAUGAAUACGAGCAGGCUGAGGGCUUGAUCGACAUAUGGAUGAAACAAUCAUUGAAUUCCUUUGGAAGGUCAAUUCCUCUAUUAAACAAGUCAGCUUCAACCAGUGACAAAAGCUUCAAAUCUCCAACUAGGUGUGCGGGUACGGAUAUCCGUACCUCUACUGAUCAACAAAAAGGAGGCGUCGAUGACGAACAAGUGAUACCAACCAUGGUAUCGCGAACAGAAAUGUUACUUUAUCAAUUACCCUAUCUAGCCAAGAUACUAUGUAACGAGGCCGAAUCGAAAGGCUUGAAAAGGCUAACCGCAUUUCACGGCAUAAUUGAUUCGGAAAGUAUUUCAUCCACGGAAGGUUUCAAUACCACAGAUGAACUUCGGUUGGAAAUGGAUGCAUCACACUCAGCGGCAAGUGAUGUAGUUGACCCUCAAGUCAAGGGGAAUAAUACUUUUGGGCCCAAAACAAUUCUAUCUACAGAAGGGGGUAACCUUGUUCUAAGCGACGAUGACAUUGAGGAUUAAUUAUGGCUUUUUAGAAGAUCUUGGUCGGUCUCCUUUGGGUGACUCAUAUUCGGAAUAGUCAUAGCGAUUGGAACCAAAACUGCAUCUUCUGAUGAAUUCCUUAAAGUUCAGAACAUUCCACGUAACAUAUGGGAAUAACAUUGGCCCAUGGAAUUGAAGCCGCCUUAUAAUUGUAGCUAUUGGAUGUACCGUGUACUAGAUCCGAUAUUCUUGUGUAAGCGUCAAAGUAUCUCUCAUUCAUGUCCUACCAGGAGAAGCAAAAAGAAGGUUCGGCAUGUUUUGAAGGGUUACCACAUGUAGCCCUUCAAUCAUCGAGCUGUACAUAAUUUGCAGGGAAAAGACCUGUCUUGCCUUCAAACUCUCCGAGCCACCAGUCAUCGUCGGG